AUGGGCAAAGGCGGCACCCGGUUCGAUGGCGAGGCAGUGGCCGUCAGAGGGAAAGCCAAGGGCUACACCGGCAAGGACAUGAAGAAGGCGCGUUGCCUGGCAGCCCUAAGCCGCGCCGCACGGGACAUGGAGACCUUCCUGGCCACGGGGGUUCACCCAGAGGUGGAACGGGCGCGCAAGGCGCAGCAGGACAUCAUCCCUCCGCUGCCCGAGCGCUCCACGCAGCGCCAGCACGUCUUCCUCACCAUCACAGUCAACAACCAGCCCAAAGGCCGCAUGGUGAUUGAGCUGUUUGACGACAUUGCGCCCGUGGCGGUCCAGCACUUUAAGAACCGCUGCUCGGAGGGCGCCAGCGACACCUUCAAGGGCACCGCCAUCCACCGCGUGGUGAAGGACAUGGCUGCCUUUGGGGGCAAGUCCAAGAGCUACCGGGAGGGGGUGCACAUGAAGCGGUACACAGAGAUGCGGCACAGCGAGGAGGGUCUGGCCUCCAUCUCGCUGCAGGGGGAUGAGUUCUGCAUCACUGUGGGGCGGGCGCUCAUGCUGGAUGAGACGCAUCAGGUGGUGGGCCGCCUGUGUGCGGGCCGCGAGCUGCUGCCGAUGCUCAACGCAAUGCAGACAGACGUCAACGAUGCGCCGGUGCAUCAUGGCUCGCUGGAGGAUUUUGAUGAGUCUGGGGCGGGCAGCGGCGGCAACAAGAAGGAGACUGCGGAGGAGGCGGCGGCGCGGGUGAAGCUGGAGGCAGCCAAGGCGCGGGAGUCUGUCAGGCAAGCGCUGCAGACGGGGCUGGAGGCCAGCGGCAGCAAGCGCAAGCAGCCCGAGGGCGCGGCGGCGGCGGCGGGCGGCGGCAGGCCCACGGCCAAGAAGGGAAUGCUGAACAGCAUGCUGGGAGACCUGAGCAGCAGCGAGGAGGAGGAGGAGGAGUAG